UUGGUGAAGGAGGGUGUAGGGGAGGGCGGUAAUGGCGCUGAUGAGAGGCAGUGCAGCGCUCGGGUUACACAGGCGGAGCGGGGGGACACAGGGGUGAAUGUGCACCGGGACACGCGUCCAAACCGGGACAGAAAACCCCCCAAUACCCCCAAAUACACACAGCUGCUGUUCUACAGGCCUGUCCUAGCAACCGGAGAGGGGAUUAUACCGAGCGCGCAUGCGCUAUAAGCAAGGGAAAAAAAAAAUCCAGAAAACCGGAGCCGCGCGUGACUUCAGCGGAGAGGAAUGAUCUUCACCCCAGCUGCUGUCAUGUCCUUCUUCUGGCUUUAAGCACUGUGUGUGUGUGUGUGUGUGUGUGUGUGUGUGUGUGUGUGUGUGUGUGUGUGUGUGUGUGUGUUUACGUGCUGCAGCUGCACGUUUGGGUCAAAGCCAGGAGCUGAUCCAGAGGAGGAGAUCAUCAUCAUCAUCAUCAUCAUCAUCAUCAGUACUCUGAUGAUCAUGUAUCUGAAGAUCAGUGUGUGUGUGAGCUCCUUCACUGCUCAGCAACAUCAGGAGGAUCUAUAGGAGGAGGAGAAGGUGCAGGAGGUCUAAAGGAGGUGGAGAAGGUUUACUGGAGGAGAAGGAGGUCUAGGAGGAGAAGGUGCACUAGAGAAGGAGAAGGUCCACAGAAGAAGGUUUAAGAGGAACAGGUCUACAGGAGUAGGAGAAGGUCUACAGGAGGAGCUUCAUGAUGUUCUCAGUGCGCAUCGUGUGUGCAGAUUAUUACCUGUCGAAGCCUCUGCAGCUGCUGGAUGUGUGUUUCUCCCAGUUCAGAGACGCAGAGGUGCACAGGGUCCCUGUAGUGCGGAUAUUCGGGGCCACGCCGGCAGGUCAGAAGACGUGUCUGCACGUGCACGGCGUGUUCCCCUACGUCUACGUGCCCUAUGAUGGGUUUGGGCAGGAGCCGGAGCGUUACCUGCGACAGGUGGCCUUCAGCAUCGACCGUGCCGUCAACGUCAGCAUGGGGAACCCGUCCUCACACACACAGCACGUCUUCAAGGUCACGCUCGUCUCCGGCAUGCCGUUCUACGGGUUCCAUCCUCACGAGAAGCCCUUCAUGAAAAUCUACCUCUACAACCCUCAGAUGGUUAAAAGAGUAUGUGAGCUGCUACAAGGAGGAGCCGUGAUGAAUAAGUGUUUUCAGCCUCAUGAAGCUCACAUCCCAUUCCUGCUGCAGUUCUUCAUAGACUUCAACCUGUACGGCAUGAACCUCAUUCACAUGUCAGCUGUGCGCUUCAGACGCCGUGCCCCGGACCCCAGUGCACAGUGCUCGGUUCCUGUAGAUGAUGAUGGUCUGAGGAGCUCCAGACUCAGUGAGAGUGUGUUGGGAGGAACGUUUGCUCGGUGGGAUGAGAAUAAUUUACCCAGCUCUCUGGUGUUGGAGGACGUGGAGAGGGUGAGUGUGUGUGAGCUGGAGGCCGACGCUGUAGCAGCAGACAUCCUGAACCGUCUGGAGAUCGAAAAUCAGAUCGGGAGGAAUCCUGGUUUGCAGGGCAUCUGGGAAGACGAGAAGCAGAGACGAAGGGAAAGGAACGAGAGCUCACAGAUAGAAACUCCUCAGAGUCAGGAGCGGCCGUGUGUUGAGCCGGUGGAGAGUGAACGGUUCUUUAUGAAGAGGUUAAAGGAGAAGCUAAUAGAGAACCAGUUUGAUGUCACACAGAGUGAUGAUGUAGCUGGUGAUGAUGGAGAUGAUGAUGAUAAUGAUGAUGAUGAUUAUUUCCCGGACCUCUCACUUCACCCUGAUGAUCUGAGUCCUGAGGAUCCUCCAUUGGUUCCUGCCAGCCAGGUGGAGGUGCACAACGGUACGCCUGCAGACAAUAAACGUUCUACUGGCAAAGCUGCAGAAGUUGCGGUUGUGGAUGAGGAGGCUAUUUUGAGUUUGUUAGAGAGCAGUCAGACGUUUCUGCCCAUGUCUCAGAAGUCCAACAAAUCCCUAAUUCUGGAUAACAGCCAGGAUCAGGCGAUGGUGGACUUUCUCGAGGGACUCGCAGAACAUCGGUUUCAAAACGACGUUCCAAUGACCGCUCCCCGUCAGGAGCUAUCAGGAAGUCUUAGCUGCCCCUACAACAGUGACGAGGAGGAGGCGGUGCCCGAGCUGGAGAAGGAGGAGGCUGAGCUGAGCGUGGUGAUGUCACAGAGAUGGGAUACGGAUAUUCCAGAAGCGUCAGCUCGACGCCUGCUGAAUGAUAUGAACGAAAGUUCCAGUGAAGAAGAACACGAGUUGUCAGAAGAAGAUAUGGACUGGAGCGGAAACAACUGUUUUGCAGAUCUGGCCAUUCCCCAACUGGAUGGGGCUGCAGAUGAGAGUAGCGAUUCCUCACUAUCUGACAAAGGAUCCCAAACUCACUCAUCUCUUCCCGCUAACGAUAAAUUGUUGGGCAGGAAAAAUCCCUGCCAGAGCGAAAGUGUUCCCCUGGAACCUCCGUCCUCAGCUAAAAUCCUUCUUGACUGCAAGCACCCCGAGCAUCGACAGUCCGGAUCACUGGAUAAGGUGCAACUAGCUGACAAGACCCUUCCUGAUGAAAGCCAAGAAGCUAGUGAGCUGUUAACAGGGCUCAAAGUGAAUAAAGACAUCCCGUAUAUCCCUCCAGUCAAGCACCCAAUCCUGUCAAAUAUGUCUCAGAUUUGUGUGGAGAGAGUACUUUAUACCAAUGAAAACAAACCUGGAGGUGUUAACAAAUCCGAAUCCGAUAGUUUUGGAACCUCUAAGCUCUCUCACAGCCGCAAAAAGUACAGCAGCAUUAAAAACGCUGAGAAUAAUCCCAUUUCUGUUUUGCAAAAUCAGAGUUUUUCUUUGUGUUAUUCUGAGCUGAGGAACAGUCUCCCUAAAACCGAACUAGAAAAAAGUGUUAAAGAUCCCAGAUCCUCCCCGGUGCUGAGGAAUUUCGAGCAAACGUCAAGCCCAGUGAAAGAUCUCGAGCACCUGGUACCUCAAGAAGGUAAAAUGGAGCAGGAUGGUGAAGAGGGUGAUGUUGGGGAACUCAAGAUCAGAUACGAAGACUACCAGGAAAACAAAACUGAACGCAAAAUCGUGGCCCAGCAGGAGGCUCACUACAAAUUCUUUCCCAGUGUUAUUCUCUCAAACUGUCUUUCACGGCCGGUGAAGAAGCAAGUCGGAAGUAAGACUGUCGAGAUUGGUUGUAGCUCGGAUCACCUAGAACAAAAAAGAUCAAGAAUGAAGUUAAGCAAGAAGAGAAACAGUCCAGUGAGUCACAAACGUGCAAGUGUGAGCGAAAGUUCCCAAACAUCCAAAAAUGAGGUUGCUGCAAGUUUAAUCUCAAUCACACCAGUUCAGUUAAAUCAGGAAGCUGAGGAGAAUACUGAGAUGGAAACCUUUGAAGUCACACAAUCUGAUGCUGCAGUUGAAGAUCUUGUUGUGGAAAAUCUGACCGAUCUUCCUAAGAAGAUAGCUUGCACCGAGGUGUCGAGUUUACCUGGCAGCAAGUAUACCUUGCGCACAAAACGGAAAACGAUAAAUUAUGACAGUGAGGAUGGUGAUCGUGCGAGUCCUUCUUCCUUCAAACAAGCUGUUGUGGCUCAUCGGGACAGCGUUAAAGAAAACUGUUUACCAAACAGCGGUCGGAAAAAGAGAAAGUUGUCAAGAAAAGAGCCCCCAGUCAUUAUCAAAUACAUUAUAAUUAACCGUUUUAAAGGCCAGAAGAACAUGUUGGUAAAGAUGGCCAAGGUCAAAGGAGAUGAACCACAAGUGGUACUAACCCCACAGAAGCUGGAGCAUUAUGAUCAACUCGCCCCUCUGAAAGACUUCUGGCCCAAGGUUCCAGAGUCGACAGCAGUCAGAUACCCGGUUCCUGAACCAAAGGUGAAGAAGCUUCCUAAGCGAAAGGGGAAGGUCGCGCCACAAUCAGAGAAACUCUGCAACCUCCCAAAAACAUGUUUCGUAAAAGGAAGUAAAAUCCGCAGGACAAAGAAAGUAAAAGCGCUUUCAUUACCAAAACUGCCUGUUCCUGAGGUGUGCUAUAAUGACCUCGCUGAAGACUGUUGCAAGGAGUACUCUGACGUGAUGCUGGAUUUGGGGUAUCUCUCGGAAAGGACACCCAGUUCUACUGAUUCCACCCCACCACGAUGCUGGUCUCCCACUGACCCCCUUCUAGAAUUCGAGUCUAAUGCUUGUUUGAUAAACUCUCAACUCUUGUUUAAUGAAGAAUUUAACCGUUGUAGCAAAAAAGGCAGGACGUCAAAACAAAGAGCACCUUCUGCCGCUAGGCAAAAACGGAAAAACAAUAUUAAGUCCCCUGGGGGUAGACCUACAAGAGAUGGAGAAAUCCAGCCUAAAGCAAGUCGCAGAACUUCAAGAAAACCAAAGACAGAUAUUGACAGUAAGGAAUCCAUUCAUAAUAGCAAAUCUGCUCCUCAGAAAACCAAGAGGUCUUUUAAGAAGAACCAGCUGGAGAGGUUGGUAAAGUCCCCUGUGACUGCAGGAGCUCAAAAUAGUUCACAGUCUUUGUAUCCAGUUGAUGAACUUUCACCAACACAAACCACUUCUGAUGAUUUGACCCCAUGUCAGCGUCCAGGUUCCUGCCAAAACAGUCUUCGGGUUAGUGGUGAUCCUCAAGCUCUACCAUAUACCACUGAACCAAAGUCAGAGUUGGUUCAGUCACACAUCGGGCAAGAACCGAUCAUCAGUGUACCUGAUUCACUACAAGGUUCUCAGAGUGCUGCUAAUACUUCUCCUGAGACGCCUUCUGGAUCUCCAUGCCCUGUCAUAAAACAUAGCUCAAGUUCACACACUAUAACUAAAGAUGGAACCAGUCCAUCUGAAUUUAAAGCUGGUGAAAAUCAAACCUUUAAAGAUAUUUAUUGUUCACAGCCAGAUCCAAAGAUGCCUGCCAAACCCAGGAGACGUCAAUCCAAAAAGAAGGUUGAAAACCCUAUUGUACAAAGCCCUGAGAUUACGACAUCCUUGAAUGUUUUAAUGCAUGGACCUCAGAAAGAUCCGUCAGUGCCAAAGAAUGGAAAAAUGGUCACUCAUCCAGAGAUGCCUUCUGGCAUUGCAGUCUUGAAGGCACUGCUCCAGAAGAGACAGUUCAAGGAGGGACAGUGCUCUCAGGGAGAGAAUGUAUUAAACAGUGUUUCUAACACCAAACAAGCUUCUGAUAUUGCAAAACCUAGAAGAUCAUCCUCAGGAACACCAAGAAAGACCAGAAUGAAACGAACUCCAGUGCCAAAAGAGUCUAAGCCAAGAAGGAGAAAAGGAAAGAAUGGCAAAACAGAAGACCACAUUCGAUUAGAACCUCCACUUUCAGAUGGGAGUCCAGUGUUUUUAUCUGAUCCAGGAUUUGACAGCUCCUACUCUAUUGAUGAUAGCUUAUCUCCUGAGGUUCCUCAUAAUUACAGUUUUGACAUUAAUGCUGUCGGCCAGGCAGACUUCUCAGGUCUCUAUUCCGGAAGCCAAUUUGUUUUAACUGACAAGAACUUGCCUCAUAAGUUCCUUAGUGAUUUCAAAAAAGAACCAGUGUCCUCUCUGGAUAUGGAAAAUUCUCAAGUGAAGGUCCUUGACAUUGUAGAGAACUGCAUGCACGAAUCAGAGAGGCCGGUUAGCCCUGAGCUGUUUGAUAGGUCCUGUGGUGGAGACCGUGAAGGCUUGUUGAAUGAGUUUUCUCUGUCACUGCUGGACUCUGAGAGGGUUUUGAAAAGCAGAAAUUCUGGUGUUUCGUCGUCCAAGAUGCAUGGCAGCCACUUCCAGGACUUUCACUGUGAGAAAAGUGACCUGUUAUUAGGCCCUGACCAUUUCUUACCCCUCACAUCGGUUUCUUUUGCUGAUAAUGGUGUGUCCCCAACAGCGGACCUGCUGGACAGUAGCGAGGUUUUUACAUCCACAACUCCCAGUAGUUCUCCACGCUCCAUCAGCUCUCUCUCACAGAUAAAGAGCAGCAGUCAGGUGCAGAAGAGUGCAGGAGUUCAUAUCCUCAAACCCCUGAUGUCCCCUCCGAGUCGGGAGGAGAUUCUCUCUACCUUGCUGGAGCUGGAACUUUCAGAGGCCACUUAUCAAGAACCUUUCUGCAGUGACCCCUCUGACGUACCUCUGAGACCAAGAGAAAUUGCUGGACGCAAACUAGUUUUGGAGACAAGGUUAGCUAAAGAUUUGACCGAGUUUGUUGGUGGUUUAUCACAAGAAGGUCUCCAGUUCUGGAAAACUGCUUUCUUAGCCAUGACCCGUCCGGGUUCUUCACCUUUCCCUGGCAAUGACCCAUCAAACUUAAUCAAAAGCAACAGGGAAGAGAGCAGUCCAUCUCCAACAAGUGGUCAGAAGGUCAUUCUCCUGCCCUGUAAAAGUGCCCCAAGUCGAGAACGAGUGCAGCUCUGGCUGCAAGCUAAGAGACAAUUUGAGUGCCUUCAAAGAGAUCAGAAGAACAGACUCUGUGCUCAGAAUGUGAGCCUGGUCCAGGACGACAAUAAAUCACCACACCACAAGGAGCUGGCAAAAUUCUCUCAGAGGCAGGACGAGGCGUCUGGAAAGGUAUCAGCUUUGCAGACUGUCAGUAAGAACGAGUUAACUUUGUCUCUCAGUAUAUCUCCUGUAGAACCAGGCGUAUCUAACAGUCCAAAAGAGAUGAAAUGUGGCAUGGGGGCUGAAAUCAACAAAGAAGUGAAGAAAGAUGAGGACUCCUUCAAACAAACUCUAUCUCCAGAUCCUUCCUGUUUUCCUCCAUGGCAGCAAACAUCACACAACAUAGAUCUGGAAAACAAAAAGCAGGAAUUAGACGUUGGAUUAACUUCGCCCAAGUUUGUCUGCUCCAUUGAUCCGAUUCCACUGGAAAGCCUUCAACCAAAGCAGUUUCUCUCUCCGUCGCCAUUUCCCAUGAAAGUCCAGGAUGGGGUGAGUUCCAGUCCCUCCCUUCUCCACAGCACCCCCAUCAUCAGCAAGAGAAGAAGCGAAGGAGCCCGCAAGCCUGACUGCAGUCCUGGAUCAGAAGAUGUGGAGCCAAAAUCCCAGAGACUGCAGCAGAGACGGAACAGCAGCACCAGUGCGUUACGUAGAGUUCUUCUCUGCACCCAGAUGAAGAACCAGUUUGCUGGUGUAAACGUACCCAAAGGCGACAACUCUCAGAUCGAGGGGCCGUCGCUGUGCAACUCGUACGGCUUUAAAGUCGGCAUGCAGAACCUACAGGAGGCGAAAGCGCUGCAUGAGGUGCAGCACCUGACGGUCAUGAGUUUGGAGCUGCACGCUCGGACACGUCGCGACCUGGAGCCUGACCCAGAGUUCGACCCCAUCUGUGCCUUAUUUUACUGCCUCAGCUCCGACAGUCCGCUUCCUUCGUCAGAGAGCAAGUGCAUAACCGGCGCCGUGGUCGUGGAUAAAGACUGUCGCUCCUCAGGACGAGGCUCCCGGAGCACAGCGCCUCUGCUGGUCAGAUCGGGUGUUGCGGAUCUGCAGGUCAUUUACACGGUGGAUGAGAAGGAGCUGUUUGAUGAGGUCUGCAGGAUCAUGAGAACGUAUGAUCCUGAUAUCCUGGUUGGUUAUGAGGUUCAGAUGCACUCCUGGGGUUACCUGUUAAAGCGAGCAUCAGCACUCGGGGUCGACGUGUGUCAACUAAUAUCCCGAGUGCCAGGUGAUGCAAAGGAGAACCGUUUCAGUGAAGAUAAGGACGAGUACGGCAGCGAGGUGAUGACCGAGAUCCACAUCGUCGGACGCAUCACCAUCAACCUGUGGAGGAUCAUGAAGACUGAGGCAGCGUUAAAUAACUACACCUUCGAGAAUGUGUCGUUUCACCUUCUGCACCAGCGAUUUCCCCUCUACACACACCGCACACUCUCAGACUGGUUCGACCACAACACACACCUGUACAGGUGGAAGGUGGUGGAUCACUACAUGAGCCGUGUGUGUGGUGUAAUGCAGCUCUUGCAGCAGAGGGAUAUUGUGGGUCGCACUAGUGAGUUUGCACGAGUGUUCGGGAUUCAGUUCUACCACGUCCUCACACGAGGCUCCCAGUACCGUGUGGAGUCGAUGAUGUUGCGUAUCGCUAAGCCGUUGAACUUCAUUGUGGUGAGCCCGAGCGUAUCUCAGCGUGCUCAGCAGCGUGCUCCUCAGAGUGUUCCUCUGGUGAUGGAGCCUGAGUCUCGUUUCUACAGUAACUCAGUGCUGGUGCUGGACUUCCAGUCUCUCUAUCCGUCUGUCGUCAUCGCCUACAACUACUGCUACUCCACCUGCCUGGGCCACGCCCACAGCCUGGGAACGUCUGAUGAGUUUAAGUUUGGUUGUACGUCUCUGCGUGUUCCUCCUGAUCUUCUCUACCAGCUCCGUAAUGACAUCACUAUAUCUCCUAACGGAGUCGCUUUUGUAAAGGCAUCAGUGCGUAAAGGUGUGCUUCCCCGGAUGUUGGAGGAGAUCCUACACACUCGUCUGAUGGUAAAGUCGGUGAUGAAGUUGUAUCGCGGUGAUGAAGCUUUGCUCCGCCUCCUCGACGCUCGCCAGCUCGGCCUCAAACUCAUCGCUAACGUUACCUUCGGAUACACAGCUGCUGCAUUCUCCGGCCGUAUGCCCAGUGUGGAGCUGGGUGACAGCAUCAUACACAAAGCCAGAGAGACGCUGGAGAGAGCAAUCAAAUUUGUCAACGACACCAAGAAGUGGGGGGCACGUGUAGUGUACGGGGACACGGACAGUAUGUUUGUGUUAUUAAAGGGAGCGACUAAAGAGCAGGCGUUUAAGAUCGGCAGUGAAAUCGCUGAAGCGGUGACGGCCUCCAACCCCAAACCCAUCAAACUCAAAUUUGAAAAGGUGUACCUGCCGUGUGUGUUGGAGACUAAGAAGCGCUACGUGGGCUACAUGUACGAGACUCUGGAUCAGAAGGAUCCUGUGUUCGACGCCAAAGGUAUCGAGACCGUACGCCGUGACGUCUGUCCCGCUGUUGCCAAGAUCCUGGAGCGGUCUGUGAAGUUGCUGUUUGAAACGAGGGACAUCUCUCUGGUGAAGCAGUAUGUCCAGAGGCAGUGUGUGAAAGUACUGGAAGGCAGAGCAAGUCUGCAGGACCUGACCUUCGCUAAAGAGUACCGCGGCAGCGCCUCCUACAGGCCGGGGGCGUGCGUCCCUGCACUCGAGCUCACCAGGAGGAUGAUGGCAUACGACCGGCGUUUGGAGCCGCGUGUGGGCGAGCGCGUGCCGUACGUCGUCGUGUAUGGUUCUCCCGGAGUUCCUCUGAUCCAGCUGGUACGACGCCCCCUGGAGGUACUUCAGGAUCCUGCACUGCGCCUGAACGCCACCUACUACAUCACCAAGCAGAUCCUCCCUCCUGUCGCUCGCAUCUUCAACCUGAUUGGGGUCGACGUGCUGAGCUGGUACCACACCCUGCCCCGGGUGCAGAAGUGGUCGUCGUGUCCAGGCGGGGGUGCUGUAGCGGAUGAUUCUCUGAGGAAGGGGACGAUCUCGCAGUACUUCACCACGCUGCACUGCCCGGUGUGUGACGAGCUGACUCAGCUCGGAGUGUGUGAGCGCUGCAGGGCCGAGCCUCAGCGUGUUGCCGUCACACUGCACCACAACCUCCGAGUGUGUGAGCAACAACAUGAACAGCUCCUGAAGGUGUGUAUGAGCUGUAGCGGCAGUGCAGACAGACAGGCUGUCUGCGUGUCUCUCGACUGUCCCGUGUUGUAUAAGCUCUUUCGGGUGAAAAGACAGCUCAGCAACGCCCCCUACCUGCGGCAGCUCCUGCAGCAGCUUUAAUGCCCACUAUCUGUCUCCAUUAAUGUGGUGCUACAGUGUCGGUGUUCGUCCUGUGUGUGUGUGUGUGUGUGUGUGUGUGUGUGUGUGUGUGUGUGUGUGUGUGUGUGUGUGUGUGGCAGUGGUGCUUUAUAAAUCAGAUUUUUUUGUGAGUGAAAGUGUGAGCGAGUGUUUACGGCGUACGCCUUCCAAUCAGAGCAUCGAUAGUCUAAGCUUCGACAAGCCCCGCCCCUUUGUGUGUACACUGAAGCAUGCUGGAUAUGAACUAAACGUCUUUUCUUUCUCUCGGCUUUUUUUCUUUUUCCUUUCUUUGUGAACGAGAUUGGAAACGAUUCAGAAUCGCUCGUGAACUGUUUCUAUUCCUGCUGGAACCGAGUGUAAAUAAAUAAAAGCCGUAAGCUGAGAAGGCGUGCGUCGAGGGUCACCUCACGUCUGUCUCAGGAACAGGGCGUGUCUAUGAGCAGAGGUUAGACUCCGCCUCCUCAGGUCACCUGGGUUUAAAGGGUGCUUUAUUAAGGAGAAUUUGAUACAGUAUUAUAAUCGAUCAUUUCAUAGAAUUAUUAAAUGUGUAAAUAAAUGUUUUGGGUUUUUUUAUAUCAAAAAGAACUGAAUUGCAACCUGCAGUUUUUUUUGGUGCGUUUUUGGGUUUCGAUUCGUUUUAAAGGAAAAACACUAAAAACUCAGCGUUUUGUAUACGGAAGCGACGGCAUUGUGUAAACCGAGCUGAAUGUGUAGUAGUGAUGUGUAUAAAGACAAGAGAAACGUGUACGUGUCUGUAAACAUGUACAAAGACUUUGUAAACAUGUACAAAGACUUUGUGUUUUUUUUUUUAAAUGGGUGUUGUUUGAAAAAAAAAAAGAUUUAAUAAAUGUGACGUAUUGAA